AUGCCAAAAAUGAGAUAUUUUAGAUUCUUUUACUCAAAAAUAAUACAUGGCUAAGUAUAAGAGAAAUUGAAGACAUUCUUAAACAAAGAUCUGACUAUGGAUCUAUUCAUGUUAAAAUUAGAGAUGCUAUUAAAUAUUCAAUUAAUAAUGAUAAAAAUAAAGAUGAAUACAAAUUAUUAGUAAUAAAUAAUCAAUAAUGAAUACAAAUAAUGCUACAAGUAAAUAUAGACAAAAAACAACGAAUAAUUAGAUGAAUAUUUUAAAGAUAAAAAAUGCAUAUUAUAUGUUGAUAAUGUUUGGUUUAAAUCAGUAAAUAAUCUUCGUAUUAAAUUAAUAGUGUUAUCCUUUAAUGAAAUAAGACAUUAUUACAUUAGAAGCUGAAGCAAAAUUAAUUUUUACUAAAGGAAGAGAUGGGAGAAAAAAUAAGUUUAUAAAAUUACAAGUUUACAAAUUUUGA